CACAAUGCAGUCACUAAAUGAAACUCACAGGAUCAUUAGUGCGCAAUCCAAAUUUUACAAUUCCUACGAAGGGCUCAUUAAUCAUAUUCUGGUUUUCUACGUAGUAGAAUUAUUCACCGUUUGUCGAAUUUCCAGCAAUAAAAGUUCUCUUUUGAGCCGAACGCCAGGUCCUUCCAUUCUGCUCACUUUGGAUUCCACCAGCGAAGAUGAUCAAUUGCUGAUGGGAAUCGAACUGGGCUGCAACGUGUUUGUUGUUGAGCAAGAGUUUGUCGAAGCUUUUCUGGAUCGCUUUGUCCACGCACAUGAUCAAGCAACGUACAGAUAUACCAACAAAACAGUCUUGCUUCUGCUUGAUCCUUACCGACCAGAAAGUUUGAACCAAGUAGCAGUGCAUUACGCGUUGGAUGAGAUAAAAAAUUUGUUGGUUUUCGAACCCAAUGAGCUAAACCAUACGAUUAAUCUUCGUAAAAAACGCUGGAUUUCUAAAAAGCAAGGCUUUGAUCUGCCACUUUGGAAACGGUUUGACCUGUUAAAUGUUCCAUCACUCGAGGACGUAUUAAGCCUUUCCGGGGAAUCAACUAACCUUUUUGGAAAAAGUAUUCGAUUUGCCACCUUCAACGUCAUUCCUCACAUAAUUUUUGAGGAAACAAAUGAUGUUACAUUUCCGAUUAUUCGUCAUUCAAACAAAACAUACACAUUGGAUGGUCUGGACGGAUUGUUUGUUGUUGAAUUUUGUAAACGGCUGAACUGCACCGUCGAAUUGAUUCUCGAUGAAGUCAACAUGUGGGGAACCAUCCAUGAAAACAAAACAGGCAAUGGGGUGAUGGGAAGUGUGAUUGAACGAAAGGCUGAUGUUGGGGCAUGUGCUAUGAGCAGUUGGUUUCAUAGCAUCAAACAUUUGAGAUUCUCAAAGGCUUUUCUUAGAGGAGGCGUAACCUGCCUUACGCCUAAACCAGAGAUGAUCAUGCCUUGGAAAACUAUGGUCUUGGUUUUCACGGAUACCACUUGGUUUUUGAUUUUGAUUACGUUUGGUCUAGCAGUUACUGUAUAUUUCGCCAUAGCUCGCACUAGCAAUGAUCAAGCUAAAUAUCGUAGUCUAGUCUGGAAUGUACUCAACGUCCUGUCGAUAUUCAUGUUACAAUCAACUCACGUCCGUACACGUAGUCCGUCUGAAGUCAUCCUAUCUUUGGCGCUGUUGCUGUUCGCGCUCAACCUCUGCAACAUCUACACCAGCAAAAAUGCUAGUUUUAGAACUAUUCCACCCUAUAAAAAUCCAAUAGAUACCAUCGAUCAGCUUGCGGAAAGUGACAUCACCUGGCUUCAAGCUCACGAGGCGUGGAUUUCCUCGCUGAAACUGUCGGAAAAUCCCACAAUUCAAAAUUUGAUAUCCAACUUUAAGGUAUACCAACCUCCAGAAUUACUUCAAAUGGCAAAUGAAGGUGGCAUUGGGUUGGCCAUAGGUCGUCUGCAAAAUGGUCAUCUCAUGCUGGGAAGCUGGAUAACAGUGGAAAAUGUCCACCAAUACAGACUUAUGAGGCAGGACCUGUACUACGAGUACGAAGUUGCGAUGGCCACCAAAACUUGGCCCCUGAUGGACCAGUUUGACGAGUUGAUCAUGCGUACAUACGAGGCCGGCCUGCGUUACUUCCAGGAACUGCAAGUCAUCUACAAACACAGCAAUUAUGUUGUACAAACUACCCUUUUAAAUUCUCAUUUGCGUGCACCGAAUGCACCCCAUGCACUAGGGGUGAUGCACCUGAUGGGAGGAUUCUUCAUUCAUGGAGUAGGAACCAUGGCCUCGGUGGUCGUUUUUCUCGUGGAAAAGUUUACCAUAAAAUUCCGUUCAGUAGUCCAGCAGCAAUGAUUCAAGAAACAUCACGCUAAGUUUAGCACUCCAAUAUUGGAUUAGAGAAAAAGGUCACCGAGCAAACCACUGUUUGGUAUCAACACAGCUGCUUGCACAAGGAAGAAAUACUGCACAUUUUCUUCGGACCCACCAACAUCUUGACUAGUUCAAAAAAAUUGUCAACAUCGAAUCUGUUGACGAUCCGCCGGUCAACACGGGGAAAUCGAUGUGAAAAUUUACACAAAAUGUUUCCCAAAUAACAACAAAAAUGCUACCACUUGCCACUAUAAAUGCCACCGAGAGGUAGCCGGAACUGCUAGAAGUAUUUCUGAACAAGUGAAAAAGUGAUCAAAAUAAUGGAAGCCUUGGAAAAAGUUACUUCGGAGUUGGUUUUCCUAACCAGCCAGGAAACGCUGUUGUCAGAAAUUUGUAAGUUGUUCAACUCGCAAAAAAACUGUUUUUUUUUUUGUUUCACUGCACUGCAAUUUGAACCCUUUUAGUAGGAUAUUGCUCGUUAAAAGAGUGAAAUAAUUUAUAAAUAAAAGGUAAUGAUUUAAAACGA